CGGUAACCGGGCCUAGGACCCGGAAGUACGAUUCCCGAGCCUGGUGACAACGGAGUCCGCCCUCCACAGUGAAACAAUGGCAGAUCAGGAAGAGGCAGAUAGAGGUGGAAGAGGAUCAUUGGCAGAAGACCACGCUGCCGAGUCAAUGGCUGCUGACAUGGACCCUUGGAUUAUCUUUGAUGCGCGGAAAACCCCACGAGCAGAGUUUGCUGAGUGGAUGGAGACCUACCGGCCCUCUAGGAUCUCCCGUUUUGGAAACCCUCAGGAAGGGUCAGGACCAGUAGGGUGGCUAGCGGUAUAUGGUCCUGGCUACUGCCCACAAUUGGAAGGCGGCAAAGAACUUCAGGAUGCUUGGGAAAAGCUGCAGAGUACCGGACGCAAAAUUAACUAUGACCUGGUACGAGAACUGGCUCUUAACUAUGGGGUGACUUCUGGGAAAUGGCUUUUGCAUUUAGACACAGGAUUUAAAGUUGACCAUGCAUGGCACGGUAUAGCUACAGCAGUGGUUGAUGGACGUCUGGGUGUAGCUAAAGCUAGUCCUUAUCAACCAGAGAAUAAACACGUUAUUUGUGUGUACACGGACGACUUCACUGAUGAGGAAAGUAUCAUGCAGACUGAUGCUGUAAUCCGAAGUUCUGGAGUGAAAUGUCUGUUAACCUACAAACCAGAUGUCUACACCUAUCUAGGUAUCUACAGGAACAACCGCUGGCAAAUUUGCCCCACCAUCUAUGAAAGUCGAUAUGAUCUGGAGUGUAUCCCUCGCAGGUCAAGAGUCAUCAACAAGGUCACUAACUUAGAAGUGAUCUAAAGGAGAACAAACUCUAUUGCGAAAUGCCUUCUGAAACGGACUGGUCACGUAUAGAUUUAUUAACAUUUAUUGCCAAUUGAUUUUUGGUCUUAUAAUUUUAUUUUUUGGCUUUAGCUCAAAGUCUGGGUGCUUAUAAGUGCUAUGGCACAUACUCUUGCUCCUCAUGCAUAUGUGUUUAUAAUAAAUAUAUAUGUGUAUUA